AUGAGCAGUACUUUCCACCUUUAGAGCUAGGAUUCUUCCAGCACCAAGAACACCAGCUUGAACAUCAUCAUCAUCAGCAGCACCAUCAUGGUCACAGUGACAUUCGGGCUGAGCCAACCAUAUCUUACCAGGUCUUGUACCCAUACACGCCACCUCAAAUGGAUGACCGAGCAAGCAUGCCUGAGCAGACAGCAGAAGUCUCACAGUCUAAGAUUAUGGAAGUACCAGUUGUAUACAGGGACUAUAAGGUAUAUGAAACCCACUAUACAGAGGAGCCAUUGACCAGUGUCAACCCUGAGAAUCCACCAGUCGAUCACUAUUUUGCCAGCAUGGAUAUUAAGGGACCAGAACUAACUUACAGUGAUACCAACAGAAAUGAUAGUCAUUAUGAUAGUGUUGCAGGGCCAGGUGCAGGAAGUUCUGAAGUUAUAGAUACAGAUAAUGGACUCCUACCAUUAGUUGAAGAACACACAGCCAGUAAGAGUCUUUUUGAAGUUUCCAGUGAAGAACAGACUAUGUUUAAUCAAAUGGAAAAAAGCACAGAGGAAAUAAGAGGACAUGCACAGAAUGGUGAAGAUGAUGAGAAUGGAAACAUUACAGAAAAGGUAACAAUAUUUGUAGAUCUCUGGACUGAAGCAUCCCGCCCCUCCCCAACCUACCUAUGUUUUCUUUGUGUCGUCGCCCCUACAAGUGCGUGUGUGUUUGAGAGAGAGAAAAAAAAUGGUGGGGGGGGGGGGUCGACAUGCAUGUCUGAUGUUUGCAGUUUGCCACUAAUGCCGUGCUGUAAAUGUUUCAAGCCUGUAUUUAGACUCCCAAAUAGUACAGUAUUUAUCCAGAGUGUGUGUCCAUGGUCUCAUCAGCGACCUAACUGGGGAAGAUCUAUUAAAUGUGUUCAAACCUUGACCUAG